UUAAAAAAAUCGCGAACAAUCAAUAAAGAACAAACAGUCCGAGUUCUGCCCCGGUCGAGUAUAGACGCUUACUGGCAAUUAAUUAAACCAACUACCGCGAUCGCGAAAGUAUCAUAUUACCCCCGACCGAGACCGUGAAAGUGUUGAAUCACCAAUUACUAGUGCCGUCGACCGAAGCGUAAACAACAUACAUAGGACUCUGAACUUGAAUAAACCCUGCGCCACCGGCGACACCAACUUGCCGGAUGAGUGCAUCCAAUUUCCCCCGACUGGGGGAAACCUCUGGGGGAAACCCCAGAGAAAUGAUAAUGGUGAUGGAAAGGAUGGAAGAGGAUAAAAAUUUCCACGGAGUGUCCCCGAUACUUGUGGAAAAAACAAUCCAAAGUUACUGUGGAAGCGGAACCAGCGCAAAGAAAACGAAGGAUGGAAAAAUUCUAGUGACGGUGAGGAACGAACACCAGGCAAAAAACCUGGCUAAAAUUGAAAAAUUGUGUGACGAAAUUACCGUCAAAGUGUACGAGCACAAAACUUUAAAUUCGAGCAAAGUAGUGAUAGUCUGCCGAGACUUGAAGGAAGUGAGUGACGACGAGCUUCUGGAAAACCUAUCCUCCCAAAGAGUUACGGAUGUCAAACAGUUGAUGAAAAUGCGCGACAAUGUUAAAACUCCGAUGGGAGUUUUCGUUCUUACGCUUGAAGGAAAAACACCCCCCAAAGAAGUUAAAAUUGGAUACACUGUGCUGGAAACAAGACCAUGGUAUCCAAAUCCGAUGCGUUGCUUUAAGUGCCUAAAGUUUGGCCACAUUGGAAGAAACUGUUCAAGUGAGAAAAAGUGCGGGAAAUGUGGAAAUAACUAUCAUGAAGAAUGUGAAAACCGAGAAAAGUGUUUAAAUUGUGGAAACGAGCACGGAGCGUUCUUUAAUGGAUGCCCCGUCUUAAAAAGAGAAAAGGAAAUAAUAAAAAUCAAAGUGGAUAAAAACUUGUCUUUUUGGGAAGCCAGAAAAAUGAUAGAAGAUCAAAGCUCGAAUACUUACGCCGACCAAGUGAAACUACUAAACGAAGAAAAGAAAACCCUUGAAGAAAAGAUCAGAGCUGACAUCAAAAAUCAGUUCGAAGUGAAGCUGAAGGAAUACAAAGAAGAAAUCAAAAAAGUCACAAAUGAAAACGAGAAAAAGAUGGAAUCCAUGGAGGAAAAAUACAAAGCACUGAACCACAAAUUUGAACAUCUGGUAUCAGUCUACAAAGAGGAGAAAACAAGAAGAAAAGCAGCCGAGAACGAACUUGAAAGUCUGAAAAAAGACAACAAUAAACUACAAGCAACAUUAAAUUUGUACGCACCCUCCCAUAGCGGACAGAAGAACCCAACUAAGCACACAAGAAGUCAAGAGAAGCAGCCAAGUUCUCCUCCAAGGAAAAAAGGAAACAAAAUGAAAGCAGUUACCGAAGAAGUAGGAUAUAUUUCCACAGACCCAGAAAAUAACUCAGAUGACGGAAACGAGAAAAUGAAAUCCUAGAAAAUAAUAGCAAAACCAAAAAG